UCACGUCUGCCGAGGCGGUGGCGGUGUUGUUGUUGUUUUUAUGUAACCUCAUUCUCUUGGCCUUACAGUUUGUAUUCCUCCGGUUUUUUUUUUCUUCUUUGCUUUGUUUUUUUUCCCUCUCUCUCUCUCUCUCAUUCCUCCAUAACUCAGACAAGGCAUGGCAGGAAUAACACGCUACAGUCUGAGCGGCAAAGUCGCACUGAUAACCGGUGCAAGCUCGGGUAUCGGUGCAGCCACAGCUACUCUUUUUGCUCAACUGGGGGCCAGGUUGGCUCUGACUGGAAGAAAUGAAGUCAAUUUGAAAAAAGUUGGUGAGAAAUGUGAAAAAGCAAGUGGGAAAAAACCAUUACUUCUUGUUGGUGACUUGACAGUAGAUGCUGAUACAAAAAGAAUAUUUCAGGGAGCUGUGGAUGGCUAUCAAGGCCAGCUAGACAUAUUGAUCAACAAUGCUGGUAUUAUUGCUCUGGGUGGAAUACAGAAGGCAACAUUAGAACAAUAUGACAAAAUAAUGAACACAAAUGUCAGAACUAUGUUUCACAUGACGCAGCUGGCUGUUCCAUAUCUCAUCAAAACUAGAGGAAAUGUUGUGAAUGUCUCAAGUAUAAAUGGACUACGUGCCUUUGCUGGUGUUCUUACAUACAGUUUGUCCAAACAUGCAAUAGAUGCCUUUACACAGUGUGUUGCUUUGGAUUUAGCUGACAAGAAAGUCAGAGUCAACUGUGUGAACCCUGGUGUAACUCACACUGAACUACAUAAACGAGCUGGUCUAAAUGAAAAGGAAUAUGAAGCAUAUCUUAAGAGAGCAAGAUUUACACAUGCUUUAGGAAGAUACGCUGAGCCAGAGGAAGUAGCAGAUUGUAUAGCCUUUCUAGCAUCAGACCAGGCCUCCUUCAUCACAGGAGCAAGUAUACCAGUGGAUGGUGGUCGGCAUGCUUUGUGUCCCAGCAGCUUAUCACGUGAAGAGGGUGGUGUCUCUGCCAUGGCUCAAAAUACAGACGUUUAACAAGAAUGAGACUGAGAUUAAAAUGUGGAAGUUUGUUCUGCUAUUUGAUUAUGUCUUUAUUUUUGAAUUCAUCACUGGGUUUAUUUUUUAUUAUGAAACUAUCAAAACAUCUGUUCUUGUUAAAGCUAUGAAUUAAAAAAAAAAAAAGAUAAUUUUUUUGAAAGAUUCAAAUUUAAUUAAAAUGUUGCUUCAAAAAUUUCUUUCAGUCUUAGAAAAAGUUUAGCUUUUACCAAAUGUAUAAUUAAAACUUACACUAACUGUAAGAAUGUUUAAUCCACUUUUACUUAAAGGAACAGAAAUAUCAUUUGUGAGCACUUGAGGGAAUGGUAACCAUGUGUUGUUAGCCUUUUUUGAAGCUUUGGGUUUCUUUUUCUAACCUAUCCAUGUUAUUUCUUUUCAGAAUUUUGUUUCUCCUGUUUCUUUUCCUUUACUCCAUUUGGUUUUGUAUCAUAGGCCUGAUUAUUUAUUGUGAUGCAUUGCCAUUGUUACUUGACAUGUGUUCUGGGUUGUCUCUAACAUUUAGCAGCACACAUGUUCUGGACAGUCUCCAGCCUGGCAUUUACAAAAAGUUUCCGUUUGGCAUUAAGCAUUCCUUUUUUUUUUUAAACUGAAACCAUUCUCCAUCGAACAAGUGAAUGUAUCACAUCUUGGGAAGGCAUAUCAAGUGAAUGUAUCACACAUUAUUAGGAAGGCAGAACAUUUGAAAAAAAAUAGGGCUUUAUGAAUAUUUCACUAUGCAUAGCAAAUAUUGGCUGUUGUAACUAACUAUGCCAUUACAUAAUUUUUUUUAAGAUACAAGUAGAAAUCUAAAAAAUUGCAUACAUUUUUUUGUCUAAAUGAACAAAGUAAAAGAAAUGUGUUAUUUUAUUGCAAAGAUUUAUUUAAAAAAAACAAUCUUAUGCCAUAUUUUAAAGUCUCAUUUGUAAAUGCAUAUAAAAAUGAACAACAAAGAUUAUCAACAUUUUAAAAUCUAACCAUCAUGCAAGCAUGGUGUGCGAUUGGACAUUUAAUUCUGUUAUAGCCAUCAUUCCAUUUGAAUGUAUAAAUAAGAAGAUACAAAACAACUAAAACAAUACUGUGUGUGACGCCAGUAUGAUAACCUGCUGUGAAACUCAGUUAAAUUUUUUUCCCUAAAGAUUGAGUUUUAUGGUGUGUGUAAUUUUCUUUACAUGGAAUACAACUUAAUGUCAAUUUUGUAUUAAAUGCAAUUGUGGGUCCUAUGUUUUGUUUCAUUUGAUAUUUGUGGCAAUAUUUGUUUCUGUGAAACAUAAAUGUAGAAUUAUGACAGAUAUGCUUUUAUGCAUAUCAUAUUGUAGAUUUUCGAUGUUAUAGCAUGUUUUGUUCACCUACACUGAAUGACUUAUUGUAAGCAUUGGACCUUCUGUUUUCCAUUUGGUUUCAUUAAGAUGUGAACGAAGUCCAACUAUUCCAUCUUACUAUUGUUUCAUGCACAUAAAAAAGCACAAUAGAUCUGAUUGUUAUAUUACAUCAUUACCAAAUUGUUUCUGUUGCAUUCAAAGACUUGUUCGUCUUGGUAAAACAUCUGAAUUCGAAUUUGACACAUAAAUAAAAACAAAAGUUUAACACCAAAUAUUUUAUUUUGUGCUUUUUAAAAAUAUUUGUUUACUUUUCCACUAAUUUUAAUUUUAGGCAGUAUGUAUACCUAGACUUUGCUCAGUUUUGAGAAAGCAAUUAAUAAAACCCUGUGAGUAUUUAUAAAUUCAUAAGAUAUCUGCCAAUUAAAGAAAAACAUUUUUCUUUGGUUUCAGCAAAUAUUGAAAUUAAAGUACUUGUAUCACAAAUUAAACAAAAUGGACUCCAGAAGUAUGAAAGAGAAAGUAUUGCAAACUAUAUUCACUAAACUUGCCUUCAUUUUAUAAUGUAUUAGUUAUACUUGUAUGUAUGCCAAAGAAACUACUGGGAAAUAAUUUCCUGGGCAUAUCUAAAAUACUGAAUUAAAACAAAAUAACCUGAA